UGGUUUUAAUAUGUAAGCCACCUUGGAAGGCCUCGGGAGCUAUAGGUAGCCUAUAAAUGCAUGUAGACACAUCACGUAUGAACAGUUAGUAUUUAUUCAAGAUGGAACAUGCAGACUUGUCACCAAAGCCUGACUGAUCAUGCAUUUAAUGAGAUGGUAACCAUUUUAUUGUGAUCAGUCACCCAGUAGUGGAAGUAUGAAGAAAGCAUCCAAGUUGUGUUGCUACGGCGGAUGAGGAUGGGACUUUUGCAGUGCGCUUGCCUGGCCUCGUACGUGGAAUUUUACAGGUUCCUCAUCUUUCAUUGGCAGGACUGCUAUCCUUUCCUGCGGCUGCUCACGGCAUCUUUCUUCCCACAAGUAUCCCAUAAUGAGAAAGAGAUGCCGGGGCUUCUGACUGGCAGCACCCAAAGCCAUGUGUGAGGAGGUGCCCAGAAUAGAUCUUCAUUUCAUCACAAAGCGGGCAACCUCAAGACUAAGUCUUUAUAUUAAUCUGCCCAGUAUCCUGUCCCUACAGCUAAGCUUAACAUGUAUUCCCAACCACAAUAUUCACUUGCUUAACCUGAUUUUCUCUUUUUCUUUUAAGGAAAGAGGGAACUGGCACAAUAUAAAUGCCAUAAUCAUGUAGGAGGUGUGCUCCUACCAAAAUACUGUUAAUGAUGCAACGGCAGGACAACCUCAUUUGCCAAUUAGAGUGAGGCAGCUUUACCUAGUUCUACCGAGCCAACCUAUGACUUCACAGAAAGGUCUGUGCUUCUGUCCUUUCCAGAGAGGAGCAUUUCUUACAGCUCAUCAACAAUGAAUUCCUGGGAGAUGGUGCUUUGUGCUUUCUUGGCGGCUUUCUUUGCAACCAUACUUGGACUUUAUAAAGUAGGAGCACUUCGCAAGAGGAAAGCCAAGGAACCUCCACUAGACAAAGGGUUUAUUCCAUGGCUAGGACAUGCAGUAAGUUUCAAGAAGAACCCUCUGGAGUUUUUGAGAAGGAUGCAGAAGAAACAUGGGGAUAUUUUCACAGUGCUGGUUGGAGGCAACUAUCUACACUUUCUGAUGGAUCCUCACACUUACAGAUCCAUAAUAAAGGAGUCAGAAGACAAACUGGAUUUUUAUACAUUUGCAUCAGUUAUAGUUUUUAAUGCAUUUGAUUUUCAUUCAACUGAAUCUCAACAUAAGAUUGUUCAAAUGGCUAGCCACCAGUAUCUCCGGGGAAAGGGUCUAACUGUUCUGAACCAAGCAAUGAUGGAGAAGUUGAAGGAUGUAAUGCUCCAUGGCCAGGAUUCAUGUGAUGGGGAAAGGGCCUGGAAGCAGGACGGAGUCCUUCACUUUAGCUACAAAACCAUCUUCCAAGCUGCUUUUCUGGCUUUGUUUGGCUCUGAGCCAGACCAAGGUGUAGAAAGCAAAGGAAAUUCUAUGAAGAAUAAAUUAGGACCGAGUGGAGAGUUGUUUGAAGAUUUCCAGAGGUUUGACCACUUCUUUCCCCAAAUGGCCUUCAAUUUGCUGGAUCCUCUGGGCAAGAGGGAGACACAGAGGCUGAAAAACAUAUUUUGGAACUUUCUCUCGGUGGAAAAAAUUUAUCAGAAAGACGAUAUCAGUCCUUGGGUGGCUGAGCAAGAGCAGAAGAUGGCUGAGGUAGGGAUGACGGAGAAGAUGCGGACCAAAUUCCUCCUGCUGCUUCUCUGGGCAUCUCAAGCUAACACCGGUCCAGCUACUUUCUGGAUUCUUGUGUACCUCCUGAAAUAUCCAGAUGCAAUGAAGGCGGUGAGGGAGGAAGUUGAUGGUGUACUAAGAGAGACUGAUCAGGACAUGAGGCCGGGCAGCCCCCUCAUCAACCUGUCCUUAGAGAAGAUAAAAACUCCGCUUCUGGACAGUGCAAUUGAGGAGACGCUGCGCCUGAAAGUGAGUGCCUUUCUCUUCAGAAGUGUCGUGCAGGACAUCAAUCUCAAGAUGGGCGAUGGAAGAGAAUACGUCCUCCGGAAAGGAGAUCAUUUACUCCUUCUCCCCUUCAUGGCUCUGCAGAUGGAUCCAGAAAUCCACCCUGACCCCCAGACCUUCAAAUAUGACAGGUUUGUGAAACAGGAUGGUCUAAAGAAAGAAUUCUUUAAGAACGGGAAAAAGCUGAAGCUCUACAGCAUGCCUUUCGGUGGAGGAUCCUCCAUGUGCCCGGGGCGAUUUUUUGCUGUUAGCGAAAUGAAGAUGUUUCUCAUAUUGAUGCUCGCCUACUUUGACAUGGAACUGGUUGAUGCGGAAGAAGAAAUCCCACCGAUAGACGGAGCACGUUGUGGCUUUGGAACAAUACAUCCUUCUCAUGAUAUUCAGUUUAGGUAUCGGUUGCGAUUUUAAGGGAAGGGGAACCUACUCCAGCUUUCACCACUUCUCAGUACUUUCAUUUAUAAAGAUUUAUUGUUGAAUCUUGGUGGAAACAAUCUAGUAAUUUCAUCUUCCUAUUGUUUUCUUUAAAUCUGGAAUGCCAAAAUUCCAGACAGUGCCCGUUUUAUUUGGUAGUGAUUGAAGAAGUAAAUAACAUCUGUUCUGAAGGGUACGUAUGGCAUGAGCUUUCAUAGUUUAGAGCCUGUUUUAUAAGAUAUAUAAAAGUUGGAGGAGGAGUUAGAGGGUUGGGGCUAGCAUUACAAAAAUUCAGUUAUUUACUGAUCUCCAGUUAUACUCAGUGGGAGUCAAGAUGCUUAAAAUUUCCCAGACUAAGAUUUGUAUUCAGCCCUGAGUGAGUCUGGACUUCUGCAUUGUCCAGUGUGAAUCAGACUGCUUUUCGAAUUUCUAAAUUGGAAUCGGAAUCAAAUCUUACAGUUUGUGCAUAUCCCUGUUAUGUACUUCUUGUUAUGAACCAUACUGAAUGAGACGGGGGGUGUUAAAGAUAUAGCAACAUUGUUCAAGAAGCUGUUUAAAGACCUUGAAGAAAUAGCUUGUCCCGCUUAUGUUCUAGAUUAAUUGCAUUCUUAAUGGUUAGUUCCUGUAGCACCCUGGACCUUCGCUGAUUUUCUUUCGGCUUUUUUAAAGGAGAGUUUUGCUGUCAUUUAGCCAUUGCUUUUAAACUGUGCAUUCUAACUUUUUUAUGGUAUGUAACCAGACAUACCAUACAGCUUGCGUUCCAAUGUAUAGUCUCUUUGAGUUCAAAUACUGUGUAGAGAUCUGUUCAACGCACAUCAAAAUGAUGUUUAGGAUUGGGGAAAGGGCGGAAAAGGGCCACUCAGAUGAUCUGGGGGUUGGAGAGCUCUCAUGGCUGCAAAUCUGCUGGUUCUGUGUUAGCUCCAGCACUGGGGCAGGGGACAAUGGGUGGAAGUGUGCACCUGCACCCAUGUUCCACAUGUACGUUUCCUGAGGGCAAUGCUUGGCCAGCGCAUGGACAGAACGCUGCAUUACAUGGACCCUGAGUUUGAUUAAGCAUGGCUCUUCUUAUGUUAUGUAAUUAAUGGCUGGAUUUCUUACAUAGCGCAUGGCCAUCCCUUUCCAUUUCUGGUCAAAUUGCUGUAGUCGUAUUUGAAGUGAGACCCGUGACAACCCAUGGAUGAUUGAGUCACCAAGUUUCCUGUGUGCCAUAAAUGUUAAUGAAUCCAGGUGUGGCCUUAUGCCUAUUCAGACCCAUUCCCAGCAUUCCUUAGCCACCAUGGCUAACAUGCAUAGGACUUCAGUCUUAAUUGCAAAUAAAACUAGGCUGCACAGCUCUGGUGCUCUAAGUUUCAGAUCAAUAAAUAUAAGCAUCCAGGAAAAGUGGUUCCCACUGAAUCAGCUGAUAAUCUUACGUUGUUUAACAUAUGCUUAUAAAUAUGCUCUGUUCAAUUGUAACCUCACAUCUAUUGUGAGGUCUGUUGAUAGGCUGAGCAAAAAGGAUUGAGUGUCUUGUCAGGUUACAGAAGGAAACGAAAAUCAAUCUGCUAGGACCAGAACUGGGAUUUGUAGUCAGUUCUGCUGCUGGGAUACUUCUGGCAAUGCAGCCACUCUCUCCGGUGAGGUUCACCUGCCUGUACUUCAUUAUCUUUUUGGUUCCAGCCAAAGAAUCUUCUUUUCUACCAGACGCUUUGUUUACAGGUGCAUUCUUCCUCUGCUGGCCAGUGUUGUAUUGCAUACUUUUAAAUAUUUACACUGUAUUUGGCAUUUGUUAACUGUUUGUGUGCCAUGUCAGUCUUUUAAGUUUUUGGAAUCUACAGGACAAUAUUGAUUAUUGGAUGGAUUCAGCCUAUCAUACAUACUUAAAUAAAAUAUUUUCAAAGCACAAGGAAUAUGGACUGCCAUGUAAUUACUGCACGGGGGGGCGGGGGUGGGGGGGGUUGGAAAUUUGGCAUCUUAGUGUCAUCUGUACAGGGAUGCAUUCCUUCUUCACUUUGAUUUCCAAAACACUCAGGUAGUGAAUCAAACGGA